AUGACAACGAUAGAUGGAGUCAUGGUGCUCUUCCCGCCACCGGAAGGCUACGUGGUAAACUUUGACAACCCAGCAAGACAAGGUGUGCCAGAUGCUUAUCUCGUGGCUGGGUUUGGGUUGGCCAUCAGUUUCCUCUUCUUCAUGCAGAGGAUGUAUGUCAAGGUUUUUCUUACAGGAGGUCUACAGUUGGAUGAUUUUUUACUCAUAUUCUCAUACAUACUUGCUGUCGCUACAGUGUCUUUAUGUCUUCACAUGUUUGCUUCGGGAGCUGGAGGUGUUCAUGUUUGGGAAAUACCCAUUACAACAUUUAACAUAUAUCUCAUGGACGUAUAUAUAGCUGCCAUCAUAUAUGUUCUCUGCGGCUCCCUUGCUAAAAUCGCCCUUCUCAUCUUCUACCUCCGUCUGUCUCCUCAAAGAUGGUUCAAGAUUGCCAUCUACUCAUCCAUGUUCUUUAUCAGCGGAUACACCAUUGGUUUAUUCUUCGCCGUCAUGUUUGCAUGCCAUCCUAUCAACAAGAACUGGGACAUCACCGUUACAGGGGGUAGUUGCGUCAACCAGCCAGUCUUGUACUUUGCUACAGCAGCCGCCAACAUUGCCAGCGACGUUAUCCUUUUCGUACUACCACUUCCUAUGUUGCUUAAACUCCAGCUACCAUUCAAACAAAAAAUUGGACUGAUGGGUAUUUUUACAAUUGGUUCGUUGACUGUUAUCACGUCCAUCGUGAGGAUAUCACUUCUGCCAGGGAUGUUGAAGAGCAUGGACUUAUCUUGGAGCAUUGCAUACCCGAGUAUAUGGAUUAUCGUCGAGUCAAACCUCAUCAUCACCUGUGCUACUAUGCCAACACUCCGCAAAUUCUUCAAACAUGUCGCUCCCAAGCUCAUCGGCGAGUCUCGCUACGGCAGCAAGACAGGUCGAUCUUCUAAAUACAGCAAAUCAGAAACAGCAGGCUCCAAAAUUGCUUCCUCGUCUCAAGGUCGACGCAAACGAACAAACUAUUCGCAAUUCGACCAAGAACACGGUUCACUUACUGAAGACUUUGUUAUGACACCCAUGAAGGGUGCGAGACAUGAGACGAGAACUAGUGUAGGGACCAGGGAUGAUACACAAACUGCUGGAUGGAUGGACUCGGAUUCAGAAAAGGGCAUCGUUGGUGGGACGAUCAAACCGGCUAUCAUACAGACCAAGACUGUGACGGUGCAGAAUGGUAAUGGAGGAGGACAUGAGGUCGAUUCUCUUGAAACGUUGACAAGUUUAUACUGUGAUCUCGAACAACAUUAUGUCACCAAGACAGUUUCAACGCUGGCCUUCUCCUGA